AUGACUUUCCUGCUGUGUCUUUCGUAAGGGUUUCGGCUCAGAUCUCAUUUCGGGUUCACACAAUGUCGUUAGCCGCCGUGUUCCGGACAGCUGGGAGGGAGCUCCCACAGGUCAGCAUCUGCCAGCGUGUGUCCUCCUUCCGCACAGGCUGUCACCUUCUGGCUGCGGAGAAAGCCCUGCUGAUGAAACUCCGGAAAGAAACGGGCUACACCUUCAUUAACUGCAAGAGAGCGCUGGAGAUGUUUGAGAAUGACGUAACCAAGGCAAAAAACUGGUUGCACGAGCAAGCCCAGAAGGAAGGCUGGAGCAAGGCAAACAAGCUACAGGGUCGGAAGGCCAAAGAGGGUCUGAUCGGUCUGUUUGUGGGCGAUAAAGCAGCAGUAAUGGUGGAGGUAAACUGUGAGACAGACUUUGUCGCCCGUAACGAGAAGUUCCAAAAACUGGUUAAAAAUGCAGCAUUUGCCACCCUGACUCACCACGGGACUAAAACCCGAGACCAUCCGGGAUAUGUGAAGAGCAUGCUGGGAGCAGAUGAGCUGACAAAACUGAGUGUAGGUGAAGGAACAUCGCUGGCUGACGAGGUGGCACUUACAAUAGGUUCUCUGGGUGAGAACAUGUCGGUGAGGCGGGCGGUGACUGUGGGCGUCCCUGCUGGGUGGCGGAUCGGCUCCUAUGUGCACGGCGGCCUGACUAGCCAGACUGAUAUGGCCAUGGGGCGGUACGGUGCCCUGGUGGUCUUCCAGGGUGGGAAGGAGGGAGAUCAGGAGGCUUUAGGACGCAAGCUGGGGCAGCAUGUCGUUGGAGAGGCACCUCUUUCCCUGGGCAACGUGGAUGACCUGCCCUGCGGUGACAGCGAGACACGCCUGCUCCCUCAGAACUUCCUGCCAGACCCAAGCCUGACAGUAGCACAGUUCCUCAGGGGUCAGCAGGCCAAGGUGCUGGACUUUGUGCGAUUUCAGUGUGGUGAGACGUUCAGCGAAGGAACAGAAUGAAAGGGGUUGAACAUGGUUUCAUAGAAGUAUUUGUCAUCUUUAUCGCUGAUGAAGAAUAAAUGCAGUCCUGUAACGUUGUCGUGAAUCCACAGGCCGGAUGUAUACCGAUGUGGUGAUACUGUGUCAUGAAUUGUACCGUUCAGACAUUAAAACAUUCCG